AUGAAGACGACACACUUCAAGAACGGGCGCAUCUUCACAAGCACCGCCGAUGGGACGCUGCACGACUCCCUCGUAAUCGCGGGCGACAAGGUCGUCUUUGUCGGCACCGCGUCCGACGCGACCUCGCACUCUCCAUCCGAGGUAGUCGACUUGGAGGGCAAAGUCGUGCUUCCAGGCAUAAUCGACGCCCACUCACACCUCAUGCUUCUCGGAGGGAGCUUGACCAAAGUCGACUGUCUGGGCAAGUCGAUCCCCCAGAUCCAAGCAGCCAUCAAGGAGCGAUACGAGUCGGACUCAAACGCGUCGACAGUGCUCGGCUGCCAGUUCCAAUACGAUGCCAUUGUCGAGCUGCCCCACAAGAAAUACUUGGACGAAGUGUGUCCCGACAAGCCGUGCAUUAUCGACAAUUCCUCCCUCCACUCUGUGUGGCUCAACAGCGCCGCCAUGAGUGCAAUGGGGAUAACAAACGACACGCCCAAUCCCAAGGGCGGCGAGUUUGUGCGCGACGAAGCGGGAGAGUUGACGGGAUAUUUCCGCGAAACUGCUGUUGUGGAUUACGUCUGGCCGUGGGUCGCUGCCCAAACUAGCCUGGCCCAGCGUGAGAGCAUGCUUGGAAGAGUGUUUGACGCGUACCUCGCCACCGGAGUGACUGGGGCGGUUGACUUGGCCACGGUGCCCGACGACCUCGCCGCGUUGGAGGCCUACGCGGCCCACCAUGGUCGGUUACCGAUCCGUAUCGCUUGUCACUGGCUCAUCCGACCUAAUGGGACAGACGAGAGCCGUGCCGCCCAAGUCCUCGAAGCGGCCGCGCAUCGUGACCGCCUCUCCCAUCUUGCGCCAUGGCUAUCCGUCGCCGGCAUCAAGAUUAUCAGCGACGGCGUAGUCGAUUCAUGCACGGCCUUUCUCCGUGAUCCCUAUCCAAACGGCGAGACGCCAGGCCCCAUCUGGCCCGGCGACGAGUUGCAGAAAGUCAUCACUCUGGCCGACAGCCUCGAUUUGCAAGUGGCAUGCCAUGCGAUCGGGGACGCGGCGGUCGACCAGGCCCUCGAUGCUUUCGAGGCCGCUAUUGAGGCUAAUGGACCGCGCGAGAGACGGCGGCAUAGGAUCGAGCACCUCGAGUUGGUGGGCGCGGACGCGAUUCCACGCCUGGCCCGCCUCGGCGUCGUCGCGUCCAUGCAGCCCGUGCAUGCCGAUCCCGUCAAGGUCGUCAACUGGGACGCUCAACUCGCCCACGGGUGCCGGUGCGAUCGCAAGUUCCCGUGGAAGGAGUUUGAGGACGCCAAUGCCGACGUCGCAUUCGGAAGCGACGCUCCGACCGCACCAUACCAUCCCCUCCCCAACCUCUACACCGCCACCACCCGGUUGAGCGCCAUCAACCCCUCCCUCCCCGACCCCGUCGAUGAGCGGACAAAGAGCCUCGCCAAGCUGUGCGUCAGCCUCGAGACGGCGGUGCGGUAUUACACCGCCGGCGGAGCGUAUUCCAUGCGCGCGGAUAAGGAGAUCGGUACCCUCGAGCCAGGGAAGAGCGCCGACUUUGCCGUCCUCGCCAUCGAUCCCUUCGAUGGCCGCCUCGACUCACUCCGCAAGGCGCAGAAGGGCGUUGCCGAGACGUGGGUCGCAGGACAGAAGGUUUGGACAAAGGGGGCAUAG